AUGCCUCCUAUGUACUCUUUAUCAUGUUUUUUGGGGAUAUUCUUGGCUACAGCCACGCAUUGUGUGACUGCAAGUAGCUUUGAAGCUUGUCUGCGACCGCAGCUAUCCCCCGCAGCAACCUUGAUAACAGGCCAGUCGAGCAAUGUGGCCCCUCGCUGGACAGAAUACAAAGAAUUCAGCACCAAUAAUGUCGUAAAUGCUUCUACUGAGGCAGACGUACAAGCUGCGGUGCGAUGCGCUAAUAAGGCUGGAGUGAAAUUCUUCGCACAAUCCGGCGGCAAUGCUUGGGCGACGACCUGGAGCCUUGGAGAAAAUGAUGUGGUUAUAAAUCUUCGGAAUAUGAAUCAGAUCAACAUCAACGCAGCACGAACCUCGAUAGAAGUCGGAGGAGGUGCGAUUGUCUCCGAAGUGAUUGAUGCCGCCUACAAAAAGAAUACACAAGUUGUGACUCCUAAUUGCAACUGUGUGGGCAUCAUGGGCGCAAUGCUCGGGGCUGGUUAUUCCCGUUUCAUGGGUGAUAGCGGAUUUGUGAUCGACAAUGUUUUGUCAUUUCGCGUAGUGCUGGCUUCUGGGGAAAGUGUCACAGUUUCCCCUUCUUCCCACCCGGACCUAUGGUGGGCUAUGAGAGGUGCUGGUGGGAAUUUCGGAAUUGUUGUUUCUGCUACUUUCAAAGCAUAUCCGACCCUCGAGGCGCAGAAUGGUGCUUGGGUGGGCAAUCUGGUUUUCUCUGAUGAGAAGAUCGAGCAAGUCGUUUCAGCUGUGAACAACUUGAAGUUGACUUCCAAGAUGGCCAUCUUCUUUUACUUUGCUAACAUUGGUGCGCCCAAUUACACACCAAUAUUCAUGGUUACUCCCUUUUAUCUGAGUGGAGGCAAUACAACGGCUGCAAUGGCUGAGGCUCGUCGAGCCUUUGCCUCGGUGUUGAACCUAGGGCCUCUGGAAGACACCACGACUUGGACCCCUUAUAACGAAGUCAAUGCCGGCAGCGAUACUUUCUGCGUCAGUGGUAGUCGCAAGGUGAGCUACGGAGCAGGACUGGCGCAACUCGACCCGGCCACUUGGCGCACUAUUUACACAAAUUAUUCAAACUUUCUUAUUGAUAAUGGCGGAGACAAUGUCGCCAACUCGCUUGUGCUCAUGGAAGCUUACAGUCUCCAAGCCGCCGAAGAAAAUGGGGACUUUAGCUCUGCUUACGCGUGGCGGUCUACAAACCGUUUCAAUACAGUUGCGAUUGCGUGGUAUACAGAUGAUAGCUUAGAUGAAGCAGCUAAUGCGUGGGCGGGUGAAGUUCGUGACAAUUGGCGUGCAACUAGUGGCCUAAGGAGUAACUCGACCUACAUUAAUUUUGCGUUCGGUGACGAGACUCUUGAAGAUAUAUAUGGCUCAAAUGUGCCCUUGCUUCGUGGUCUAAAGACUCUGUAUGAUCCAAAGAAUAAGUUCGGCCAGUUUUUUCCUCUGUAUGAAUGA